AAAAAAAUCUAACCAGAGCAAUGGUUCCAUCAUAAUGGUGCGUACAGUAGCAGUGAUCGGGGCGGGUCCCUCAGGUCUGACCAGCAUCAAGAGCUGUCUGGAUGAGGGUCUGGAGCCCACCUGCUUUGAGAGCAGUGAAGACAUCGGAGGGCUGUGGAGGUUUAAGGAGCAUCCAGACCCAGGCAGAGCCAACAUCUACCAGUCUGUCAUCAUCAACAGCUCCAAGGAAAUGAUGUCAUACAGCGACUUCCCCCCUCCAGCUCACCUGCCCAACAACAUGCACCACUCCCAGCUGCUGAUCUACCUACGACUUUACGCUGAGACCUUUGACCUCUUCAAGCACAUCGUCUUCCAGACCACUGUGGUGAGUGUGCGACAGAGGCCAGACUUCCCAGUGUCGGGCCAGUGGGAGGUGGAGACAGAGGGGACAGAAGGUCAGAGGGAGACUCAGGUCUUUGAUGCUGUGAUGGUCUGCACCGGUCACUUUACACAACCACACCUGCCUCUCAAUGACUUCCCAGGUAUAGAGGAGUUUGAGGGCAGGUACUUGCAUAGUUGGGAAUAUCGCAGUGCUGAGGGGCUGCAGGGGAAGAGGGUGGUGGUGGUCGGGAUCGGGAAUUCUGGAGGUGACAUCGCUGUGGAUGCCAGCAGAGUAGCGGAGCAGGUGUACCUCAGCACACGGAAGGGGGCAUGGGUGGUCAGCAGGGUGGGGGCAGGGGGCCUGCCAGGUGACCUGGUGGGCACUUCACGAUUGGACAAGCUGCUGCAGAAGCUCUUCCCCUCCUGGAUUACCAGGAUGAUGGAGAAGAAUCUGAACCAGAGCUUUGACCACAGACUGUACGGCCUACAGCCAAAACACAGGUUCUUUGCCCAGAUCCCGGUGGUGAAUGAUGACCUGCCUGGUCGAAUCAUCUCUGGUCGUGUUCUGAUCAAACCUAACAUCAGGGAGAUCAGAGGCUCCAGUGUGGCGUUUGAGGACGGUGGAUGUUGUGGUGUUUGCCACCGGUUACAACUAUGACUUUCCUUUCCUGCCUUCGGGUCUGCUGGCUAAUAGCAGUCACCGCCUGUCUCUGUACCGUAAUGUGUUCCCCCCUGGGCUGGCCCGGCCCAGUCUGGCUGUAGUGGGCUUCAUCUGUAACCUGGGAGCCAUCAACCCUCUGGCUGAGAUGCAGGCCCGCUGGGCCACCCGGGUCUUUAAAGGGUUACUAACUCUGCCCUCUGAAGAAGCCAUGCUGCAGGAUAUAAAGAGAGACACCAGUACCUUGCAAAACAGGUUUGCCUGUUUGGAGCGUCACCCUCUCCAGGUGGACCAUAUCCCCUACCUGGACUCCAUGGCAGAGGAGUUAGGAGUUCGACCCAACCUCCUAGGGCUGCUGCUGAGGGAGCCUGGUGUGGGGCUUCGUGUGCUGCUGGGGCCCUGCACUCCGUACCAGUACCGUCUGAGAGGGCCAGGGCAGUGGGACGGGGCCCGACAGGCUAUCCUCACCCAGUGGGAGCGAGUAGCCCAGCCAUUCAGGACCAGGAUGGCUGCACAACCAGAGAGCAGAACCAGAGCUUCCUGUAGUCUGAGACUGACAUUGACCCUGUCUGGCGCUGUUCUCCUACUAACCCUCUAUACUAGACACAGUCUCUCAUCACUCCUCUCACAUCCCACAGGCCUCCUCUAUAAGAUGUACAGUCCAUCUGAGACCAUGUGGGGGUGGAAAUGAACACUAUGGGCCUAUUGCAACCACUGUUGGCCACUAUUUUAUCUCCAGGUGAUCUCUUGUUAAACCAUCAAUACACAUUAACAUCACCCGUACAGCUGAUCUCAAUUGCUUCCAAAAUUUGCUGCUCCCAAAAAGCAGAGCUACGUGUGAGGUUGGUGUUAAGUUAGUCCUGUUUUCUCCCAACAUGUUCUACAGGGUAUUUUCUUUGGUAGAAAUAAACCUGGUAAUCGAGCAAACUAAGGGGUGAUUUAACUAUUUGAUAAUCAUUCAGUACAACUACAAUAGUCAUUUCUUGUUUAAGACAGCAAUUAUACUGUGGCAAUAUAGGUUAUAUGAAGGGAAAACUCAUGUUGGUGCACUCAUUACUUAUUCAUUUACAAAUUAUGUAAUUCAUGAAUUAUAACUUGUGUAAUUAAGUAUGGCUAAAAUAUCCCUGAACUGUCCACAUCUGAAAUGUGUAACGAAAUCAAGCCAAUCAUGAUUGAGUUAAUAUAAUCUGUAUUAAAUUAUAGUCUAAUCAAGGUUUUUCAGAUGACAAAAAUUUAUAUUCUAGUUAUAUUGGUAUGUUUAUAUGAAUACUGUAUUCUUUAGGGCUUUAAGAGUUAUUCAGUGAACUCAAAUUACGUUUUUGUAAUUUUAGUGCUCACAUUUAUUUUUAUCGUGGUUAAUCGAAUUGUCUAAAAGCGUACAAAAUACACUGAAAACAGUCUAUACAGCUAAAAACAACAAUGCAAUGUCAAAACAAGUUGACAUUGAGGUUAAAGAAAGUGUGCUUUAUCAAUCUACCCGAUUUUGCUAACCGUUACUUUGGACAAAAUCAAGACAUCAAUAUUCUUAUAAUGCUUUUUUGUAUAAAACAUCUUAAAUGACAGCUUAAUUUUAGCAAAUUCUGAAUUUUCUAUUAAUCGUGAUUAAUCACAGGAAUACUUGCGAUUAACUCAAUUACAUGUUUUUUUAGUUUGGCAGUCCUAAUAUUUUUACAAUAUGCAUUUUACAUUAUUUACCAGCCUUCCGAUUUGGAAUGUUCCUUAUAGUUCGAUAUUUCAUUGGGGUCGGGAGUAGAUAGCCAAGAUGCAGAUGUUUGGUAUCAGACUUGUUUGACAUGGUAACAACAUGAGAUCAACUGAUCUGUGGGUUUUUGGUUGAAAGCAAGUUUGUCUUAACACUUAGGUGCAUGUAAUUUCCCAUUAGUAGCAUCAAGUGCUAACAUACAACUGAGUGUUAAGUUCUGCCUGUUGGUUGCAAUGGGCCCAUAAGAGCAGGGGGUACUAAGUGUGUGAAAGACAACUACUGUAGACUAAUACCAUUGUGCUGCCUUAUUAGAGAAAAUGUACAAGAGAAUGCAAUAAAGCAAGGCUAUCAAACCCUGUUUCUGGAGAGCUGCCCUCGUAUGUUUUCGCUCCAACCCCAGUUGUAACUAACCUGAUGCUGUGUUCACGACCAAGUGGGAAGGUGGUAAUAUUUACCACAAACAACUGGGAAGAAUCCAAUUGAAUGGCCCUCCAACUGGUAAUUAGUAGUGGGAAACUUGUCUCAUCACUGUGCUCUGAGUUUCCCACUUGCACCUCUGACAUCACUGUCAACAAAAAGACUACAAGCCUGGCGGCAUCUUCAGCAGUUGUUCAUGGUAAGAACUAAAUACAAAUUGUUGAUACAAAAUUCAUUCUUAUGUCUUUUGAUUUAGAAAGUGAAAGCAGCUCUGGAUAUACUUUUUAUGGGCAGAAACUGACUGAGCAAAACAAUCACAAGCCUUCUAAAGACGUCCAUGUUUGUGUAUUUCCCAGUUCAAAAUGUAAAUGUACCCAACUCAUAUUUAAGACUUCACAACUGGUAAUUACCACCUUCCCACUUGAUUAUAAAAGCAGCAUGGUUCAGUUUAUCAACCAGCUAAUUAAAUCUGGUGUGCUACAUUAAAAGUUGUAGUGAAAACCUACAGGAUGGUAGCUCUCCAUGAACAGGGAUAAGCCCUCCAAUAGAGCUUGCCUUGGCCCCUGCAAGUAAAGUAGGCCUGGCAGGAGUUGAAAAUAAGUAUUUGUCAAUGAAUGGAGACGAUUUUAUAUGAAUAUUUUAUAAUCUAUUAAAUUGUUUGAUUAAUA